AUGAAGGGGACACUUCUUCUGCUGGCCUUGCUGGUGAUUGGAGAGCUGGGCUUCCAGACAACAGAAGCAUGCACUCCUUUCUUCAGUAUAUAUUCAAGUCUUGCCUCUGGAAGCAGUUUCUGGUUGAAGAAGGAACUCUUUUCCUUUGAACCUACUGAAGAGGAAACAGCAGCCUUUCAAAAAAUCCAAACCUGCUACCAGGAGGCAGGAUUUAAAGCUAAACUUGAAGAUAUGAAACUUAUGACAUCAAUGCUUCUUAGCACAGAAUGCAAGACAUACUAUGCCAAGCAACUUACAACGGAAAUUAAGGAUGAGCUUUCCAUG